UCGAAAUCAACCCCAAAACCCUAACCCCCAAAUUUCCAAUGGCACCUUCUCUCAUCGGUCCACCAUCCCUCAGGCAAUCCCCAACCCCGGCGGCCCAGCCACCGGCCAAAACCCCUUCCGGCGACCCAUUCAUCGACCUCAUGGUCGCCGAUUUCAACAACCUGGCCCAAAACCCUCCCAGGCCCCAAAUGGGCUUCACCGAGAACGGCUCCGCCACCUUCGUCACCACCGGCGAUCCUUGCCUCGACCUCUUCUUCCACGUCGUCCCCAACACUCCGGCGUCGUAUCUCAACCAGCAGCUCCCUCUGGCCUGGGCCCACAACGCCCUCACCACUCUAAAACUCAUCUGCAACCUCCGCGGCGUACGUGGCACCGGCAAGUCCGAUAAAGAAGGGUUCUACACGGCGGCAUUUUGGCUCCACAAGCACCACCCCAAAACCCUAGCCUGCAACGUGGCGUCCCUCGCCGAGUUCGGGUACUUCAAGGACCUGCCGGAGAUUCUGUACCGCCUUCUUGAAGGCGAAGACGUGAGGAAGAAGCAGAAGUCCGAUUGGAUGAUGAGGAAGUCCGGCGGGGCCAAAAUUCGCAAGGCGGCGAGGGUUCCGUUUUUCAGAGGCCGCGGUGGCAGACGUGGCGGCGGUGCUAAGAGAGGCAGGGGAGGCCGCCGAGGAAACAAUUACAACAAGAACCCUGUGGCGGCGAAGGAGAUUCGGGUGCUGAAUUCGAUGGAGAGGGCAAAAUGGGAAAAGGAAAAAGCCUCUGCCUUGAGGAAGGAGAAGUUCGCGGCCAUGGCGAAGAAGGCGGUGGAGAGGUACCAGCGUGACCCGGACUACAGAUUCUUGCACGAAAGAGUUUCGGAUCUUUUUGCAGAGUGCUUGAAAUUGGAUAUGGAGAGUUUUAAGGCCAAUCAGUACAAGAAGAUAAGCCUGGCUGCGAAAUGGUGUCCUUCUCUGGAUUCGUCUUUCGAUCGUGCUACUCUGCUGUGUGAAAGCAUUGCAAGGAAGGUUUUCGCUAGAGAAUCGUAUCCGGAGUAUGAGGGAGUUGAGGAUGCACAUUAUGCUUAUAGAGUGCGAGACAGGUUGAGGAAGGAUGUGUUGGUGCCGUUGAGGAUAGUGCUGGAGCUGCCGGAGGUUUAUAUGGGGGCUAAUCUGUGGGGAGCUAUUCCUUACAAUAGAGUGGCGUCUGUGGCGAUGAAGCUUUACAAGGAGAAGUUCUUGAAGCAUGAUGAGGAGAGGUUUAAGAAGUAUCUGGAGGAUGUGAAGGCCGGGAAGAGUACUAUUGCGGCCGGUGCGCUGCUUCCGCAUGAGAUCAUAGCCUCUCUGAAUGAUGGGGAUGGAGGGCAAGUCGCCGAGCUUCAAUGGAAGAGAGUGGUGGAGGACUUGUUGAAGGAAGGGAAGAUGAAGAACUGCUUGGCUGUGUGUGAUGUGUCCGGAAGCAUGCAUGGGACUCCUAUGGAUGUGUGUGUGGCUUUGGGGAUGUUGGUGGCUGAAUUGAAUGAGGAGCCCUGGAAAGGGAAGGUGAUCACAUUCAGUGCCAAUCCUCAGCUUCAUUUGAUACAAGGGAAUGAUCUAAGCUCCAAGUCUGAGUUUGUGAAGCGAAUGGAUUGGGGAGGCAACACUGAUUUUCAGAAGGUGUUUGAUCUGAUCCUCCAAGUGGCUGUGAAUGGGAACUUGAAGCCGGAGCAAAUGAUUAAGAGGGUGUUUGUUUUCAGUGACAUGGAAUUCGAUGAGGCUUCAGGCUAUGGAGGGUAUGGAGGGUAUGGAAUGUAUGGAGGGUAUGGAGGAUAUGGAAGGAAUCAAGUUCCAAGGGGAUGGGAGACUGAUUAUGAAGUGAUUCAGAGGAAGUACAGGGAGAAAGGGUAUGGUGAUGCAGUGCCACAGAUAGUUUUCUGGAAUCUGAGGGACUCGAAGGCUACCCCAGUGCCUGGGACUCAACCAGGAGUGGCGCUACUGAGUGGCUUCUCCAAGAAUUUGCUCAAGCUGUUCUUGGAUAAUGAUGGGGAGAUUCGCCCUGACACAACCAUGGAAGCAGCAAUUUCGGGUCCUGAGUAUCAAAAGCUGGUUGUGCUGGACUGAGUAGUCGGAUGAUCGAUCACCAUCUUUCAGGUCUAUCUGUAGUAGUAGUAGUAGACUAGUUUUGUAGUUUCUUUUGUACAAGAAAACUGAAAGUGAAAUGAAAAACAUCUUCCUUUUU